AUGAAACUAAUCACCAUCUUUUUCCUCUGUUCCAGGCUGCUCCUAAGUUUGACCCAGGAACCUUUCUCACAGGAAAUUGACUGCAACAAUGACGAAGUUUUUAACGCUGUGGAUACUGCUCUGAGGAAGUACAACAAACAGAAUCAAAGUGACAACCAGUUUAUAUUGUAUCGCAUAACCCAGAUCACCAUGAUGGAUGCCUCUGGCAUAUUUUAUUCCUUCAAAUAUGAAGUCAAGGAGGGUGACUGUCCUGUUGACAGUGGCAAAAUCUGGCAGGACUGUGACUACAAAGAUGCUGCAGAAGCCGCCACAGGAGAAUGCACAGCAACAGUGAAGAAAGGGAAUAAAAAAUUCAUCCUUGCUACUCAGUCCUGCCAGAUUACUCCAGCGGAAGGCCCUGUGGUGACAGCCAAGUACAACUGCCUGGGCUGUUUCUACCCAAUAUCAACCAAGAACCCUCUGCUGGAACCUAUUCUGAAACACACCAUUCAGCACUUUAAUAACAAUACUGCGCACGCCUACCUCUUUACCCUUCAGGAAGUAAAGUCGGCUCAAAAACAGGUGAUGGCUGGAUGGAACUUUGCAAUUUCCUACACAAUUGUGCAAACUAACUGUUCUAAGAAGAAUGUUCAAUUCUUAACUUCUGACUGCAAGUCUCUGUUGAAUGGUGAUACCGGUCAAUGUACAGAUUCUGUGAACAUGAAUAUUCAGGAAAUAAUUACUUCCGUUGAGCAGAAGUGUGACGUCUAUCCAGCUGAAUUUGCACUGCCACCUUCCAGCAAUUGCCGUGGAUGCCCCAGGGAGAUAAGUGUCAACAGCCCUGAGCUGCAGGAGGCUUUAAAUCAUUCCAUCACAAAGCUUAAUGAGGAGCAUAACGGAAUGUUCUAUUUCAAGAUUGAGCGUGUGAAAAAAGCAACAGCACAGGUGGUGGCUGGAACCAAAUACUCUAUUGAGUUCAUAGCCAGUGAAACGACAUGUUCCAAGGGAAGUAAUGAAGAGUUGACUCAUAGUUGUCCAACCAAGGAAACUGGAAAAGUUCUAGAAUGUAAUGCUGAAGUUUAUGUGGUACCUUGGGAGAACAAAGCUGACACAACUGUCCACUGCCAAUCACUGGUAACGGACUCAUUGAGGAAAAGGCCUCCAGGGUUUUCACCUUUCCGAUCAUUGAAAGAAGAGGAAACAGGAGAAAUAACAACUAGGCAACUAAGGCCUUGCAAGUACAAGGGCCGACCCCCGAAGGCAGGGGCAGAGCCAGCAGCUAAGCGUGAGGUCUCUUGA